AUGUCGACGCCGGCGGUGAUCCCUCCGGUGCCUUUACCUCAAGUUCAAGAUCUCCAGUUUCGCACCAUCGGUCGGCAGCCCUCUCUUCUAGGACGCUUCUCAGAUACCGUCGUCGGUGGCGAGGCGGAAUCUACCCCUGAGCGCCUGCCUCCUCAAGAAGCAUUUGCAGAACCGGAAUCUUCUCGGGGCUCACCAUUGCCCCCAUCAUCGCGGCCGACGUUGCUCCAGUCUCUAUGGAUGGGCGCGAACCAGUCGACAGGCGGGCUCAACGAUGCGGCGGCCGUUGACGAAGCGCCCCCGCGCACGCCACUCUCAAGCGGGCUAUUCCCUCGCGCGCAUCAAGACGGUUUUGCGCUUUCGACAUCGAGCAAUGCUUCUCUUGCGCUUGCGCUUGCGAGCGCCGGGCCCUCCUCCCGCAGACCCAACCAUACCUCCGCCGUACCAGAAGUCAUCGGGUCCAGUACAAACGUCGUCGCAGCCCCACGUAGCCUGGGACAUCGCCAAGCCUCCGGUUCAUCCUCGGACGGCGGCGCGCAUCCACACCCGGCCGCAGGCACCCCCUCCGGUCCCGUCCACCUGGGCACGCCAGCCCCGCCUCCCCUCCUCCCCUCCUCCAGCGACGGCGCGCGCUCCCCCUCCUCGCCCCCCCUCCACUCCUCUCCCGAAGCAGCGCCCCCGUUCGCACACUUCGCGCAGCAGGUGCGCGGGCUCGCGGCCGAAUGGGACGACGUCCGGGCGAUGCACCGCACGUACGGCGCGGCGGCGGAGGAGCUCCGCCUGCGCUGCGGCGAGGCGUUCCGCGCGAUGCAGCGCGUGCAGGAGCAGGCGGCGCUCACCGUCGCGCAGGCCGAUACGGCGUUCAGGCGCGCGGAGCGGCUCGAGGCGCGGCGGGAGGAGCUCGUGCGGGCGCUCGUGGACGCGGAAGAGGAGCGCGCGAGGGAGGUCGCGCGGCGUCGGCGCGACGGGCAGGAAGCGCAGGUACGCGCCGAGCGCGAGGCGGAGCAGUUGCGGCUCGACCGAGAGCAGGAGGAGGAGCAGAAGAGGCGUGUCGAAGAGGAGGAGCAAAGGCGCCUGGAGGCAGAGAACAGGCGCCUGGAUGAGGAGAAAAGGCGCCUGGAAGAGGAACGACUCCGCGCCGAAGAGGAGAGACGGAAGAAGGACGAAGAGGCGAGGAUCAAGGAGCAAGAGUCGCAGCGUCGCGAAGAGGAGGCGAAAGCGAAAGCGAAAGCACCAGAGUUGCAGCGAUUCGAGGCCAUACGCCGUGAAGCUGGGCUCAAAAUACAGGCGCUUACGUUGGCGCUGCAACGCGAAGUGGAGGAACGAAAGCGCAAGAAGGAGGCGCGGCUGCGAGAGCAGCGACGUCGCGAGGAAGAAGAGCGACGCGUCAAGGAAGAAGCUAGCAUCGAACAAGAGGCCAAGCUGAAGGCCGCCGAGGAACGUCGGAUUGACGAGUUGAAGGAGCGGGAAGAGGUUGCGCGUCGCGAGGCUCAGCUGAACCUGCGUGACGAGAAGUCGACUCGCCCUUCUGCUGCUCAAUGCCCAUCAUCGCAGGGUACUUCUUCACGAGCGGCCCCCAGCGCAGCAUCAUCGCUGGAGCGUAAAUCUGUCAGCGCCCCGCAAUUCAAGGGACCACCUGACAUUGUCAAGAAAGAAGAACCCGAUACGGACGACACGCUGCUGCACGCCUCAGCAGCCUCGCCUCGAGCAUCUGUGCUGCCUCAGAAGACGUCUCGUUCGCCCGAGAACAUCCGGCAACAGGCUGCAUCCCAGAAACCUCGCGAACAGCAAAAGGCUGUGGACAUUGCUCACAACCGCCGGAGUUCGGAAUCAAAGUAUCCUACGCCCCCUCCCGCAUAUACGGAUUUGAAGACCGCUCCUGCGUCCUCUACGAUCGCUGCCCAGCGUAAUAUAGCCGCGCAACGGAAUGAUCAAGCUCUGCUUACACGCUUGUCACAUGCGCCUCAAUCCUCAGCUCCGGUAGCCGCGAAACACGCAUCGGCGAGUCUUCUUGAGAGACUGGGUCCUGCGAAGGCGUCGGCCCCGGUUCAUACUGGGCCAUCAACGCUACGACGCGCAAGUGCGGUCGAAGGUGCUCGGCAACCAGACUCCGAGCCUCCUGUCGCCGGGACAUCGACAGAUUCUGCUACGAGGGCCAAGACCAAGCGCACACGCCAUAAUGAUCCACCCGAGCUUGAUGAUCCCAUAUCGCGGACGAACUCUUCAAGCUGCCCGGAUCAUGCAUAUGUGCCUCUUCCUCAGGCGACAGCGCACAAUUCGACCGUUCCUACCGCACCCACGGGAGCUGCUCCCCAGCACAUACCAGCAAGGGAAGAUUCUCCCACAGCUCCUACAUCCUAUGGAAGCUGGGGAUUGUCAUCUUCGCCAACCCCCGGACCUUGGUUCACAUCGUCGUACAGGGACUUGCGGCCCCCAUCAUCCGGCGCUGCGGCGCCACCAGACGCAUACACAGGGCCCCUUACUCCUCCUCGCGCAGAUCGUCCCCUACCACAACCGGAUCCCCACUCACCCCCGCUAAAUGGUCGGAAGCGCCUGCUGCCUCACGAUGAUCGUGCGGCACGCCCAGGGCCCAGCUACGCGGGCUCAGGCGGACCAUCAAACACGAAUAGCAAGAGGCUACGAUCGGACACGUAUCGACCAGGCGAGGAGGCCUACAACGACAGAUCCCGGGUACCCGACACGUACGGCUAUGAGAGGCGCCCGGCACACGAUAACUACUAUCCCCGCUCGCCCUCUCCCGAUGAGACUCGACACAGAUCAUACGACGCGCAUCACGUUCCGGACGGCGGCCGCAGCCGCGGCGCGGGGCAUACCGCAAAACCCAACGUCCCGUAUCGCACACAAACUCUCGCCGCGCAACCGACGCUCGCGAAUCGGUUGGGGGUCCAGAACGCGGCUGAUAGCACCGACGAUUUCGACGGCCCAGAUGCUGCAGGGCCAGCGGCCGCUACCGUGCCACUAGGACAACGGCUAUCGGACGAGGCCCCAGCAAGAGGGGCUCGAGGAGGACGCGGCGGACGUGGGCGCGGAGCCAGAAGAGGCGCAGGUCGUGGCGCUUCGCCGAAGGGCGGACGCGAACCUCUGGCGAAACGCCUCUCUUGAGAUCAUCAGUGACACCGAGUGGCCAUCGUUGGGUCUCUGCUUCAGGUGUUGGUAACAGCUUCGGUCUUCGACGUCGUCGUCUCCCGCAUUAGUACCUCUGAACU